GCCAGAGGAGAGAUGGACAUGAUUCUUCAGCAGUAAUCAUGGUCUACCAAGCAUUGAUUUUCGUGUGCUUCUUCGGGCUAGCUCUGGCUGUAUUGCCACAUCCAGAUUUACAGCAGCGAAAUCGUUACAAGCGUUAUGCCCCCGCCAAAAACAACCACAACCUGCUCCAGGACACCCUUGUUCCGAUCCAUUACGACCUGACUAUCAGACCAGACAUUUACCAAGAAGAGAUAGCAAAUUUCAACUUCGAAGGGAACGUCACCAUUCAUUUCAAAUGUCGCCGUCCAACAAACAGAAUCAAGCUCCACGUGAUGGACCUCCAUAUAAUCCAGGAUGAUGUCCAUCUAUCUGGAGGUCAAGGCCGAUUCAAGGUCACGUCCAUGGAUACGGAUGAAGAAAGAAGCUUUGUCACUUUCCGCCUGAACAGACGACUGAAAAAAGGAGACGAGUAUACCAUAAGUAUAGUAUCUUUUACUGGCAAGCUGGUGCCGAGUUUAAAUGGCCUCUACCUUACUGGAUAUGUGGUGAACGGAACACGACACUACAUGGCUAUAACACAAAUGGAACCUAACUAUGCCAGGAGGAUGUUCCCUUGCUUUGACGAACCUGCCUUGAAGGCGACCUUCAGUAUCACAGUGUUGAGGAGAUCAUCUCACGUUGCUUUGUCCAACAUGCCACAGCUCAAAUCGGAAUUGUUGGAAAAUGGAUGGUUCGCCGAUACAUUUGACAAGACGCCGGUAAUGCCAACCUACCUCGUUGCUAUCGCCAUCACGGACUACAAGUUCACGCAGGGGUACACCAAGGAUGGAAUUAAGGUUCGUGUCUGGUGGCGGGAAGAGGAGCUGGACAAAACCAAACUGGCGUUGGAGACAGCAAUCAAGACGACAGAAUGGUUUACAGAAUAUACCGGGAUAAACUACACCCUUCCCAAGAUGGACCAUAUCGCCGUGCCCGACUUUGCUUGGGGUGGAAUGGAAAACUGGGGGCUGAUCACCUACGCAGCAUAUUGCCUGCCAUUCGAUCCUAAAGUUGACGAUAGCAACACCUGGGAAACAGUAACGGGAAUUAUCAUCCAUGAAGUAGCUCACCAGUGGUUCGGAAAUCUCGUGACUGCGAAAUGGUGGAAUGAUAUUUGGAUCAACGAAGCCAUGACUAGUUUUAUGACCUUUAAAAGUACAAAAGAUAUCUUACCGGGGAGUAGCACGGUCGAAGCGCACGUGCAUAAGCGAAGGCAAGCUUUUUUUAUGGAUGGUUACCACGACUCUCAUCCCAUCGACUACAGUGUGGUCAGACAAUCUGAACUCGACCAGGUCUUUGACUCCAUCACGUACGUCAAGGGUUCUUUGGUUCUGCAGAUGAUGGAAGGUGUGAUAGGAGAGAAGGAAUUCCAACAUGGCGUACAGAUUUUCCUUCAGACGCAUCAAUUCGGCAACGCUGAUCAGUAUGAUCUGUAUGACGCGUUUAAUGAGGCUCUUCAAUUCAGCGAUCAAUUGCAUCUAAGGAAUGUAGAUGUUGGCGAGUUCAUGGCUACUUGGAUCCAACAGGCCGGCUACCCAGUCUUGACCAUCCUUCAUGAUGAGACAGGCUUGAAGCUCAAUCAGUCGCGCUACCUCGUAGACCCCAAGAAAGAAAUUCCUGACAAGUUUAAAUCACAUUUCGGAGGUCUUUGGGUUAUCCCACUGUUUAUCUCAACCAAUGCGACAGGAGAGGCUGUUCAAACUCCGCCAAUUUGGAUGCAUGGCGCGGAAGUUGAGCUGAGUACCGAACUGGAUUUCACCAAUAAUAUUGACACAACCUGGAUCCUUGGUAACCACGGUAUGAAGGGAUAUUAUAUCGUUAAUUAUGAUGAAUCGAAUUGGAAGUUACUGGCAGAGCAACUCAUCAAGGACCACACGGUUAUCCCUCCAAUAAAUCGGGCUGAGAUUAUUUACGACACAGUUUUACUUGUGAAAUCCGGCGAACUUCACGUUUCCAAAUCUUUGGAGUUGGCCCGUUAUCUCAAAAAUGAAAAAGACUCCAAUCCUUGGACUGCUUUCAUUAAUGCUAUCGAACGCUACGGUGACAAACUACAAUAUACGGAUCAUUAUGGAGUGCUGAGGACCUACAUUUUGGAGUUAAUUGGACACAUGUAUAGUGACGAUGCGUGGGAUGUGGCGACAGAGAAAGGCAUAACCAAUCAUCGCAAGGAGCUGAUGGGCCUGAUACUUGCGACAGUUUGCCACUAUGACUAUAAGCCUUGUUUGAAAAAGGCACAGGACAUGUUCAAGGAUGCGACGACCACACCAAUUCCGGCGGAAGCUCGUAGGACUGUCUACUGCUCAGUAGUAAAGAGUAGCACUGUGGAUACCUGGGACAAAGUCUAUGCUAUGUAUCUUCAUGAAUAUCAAAAAAAUGGUGGCGUCUAUAAUUCCCUUGUCAACGAUAUUACUUUGGGCUUGUCUUGUAGUAGAGAAGAAUGGGUACUUAGGAGAUAUUUAGAGCUCGAGUUAGAUCGUGGCAGCAACGUAUACACGGUAUUCUCGAACGUGGCCAAAAAUCCGGUCGGAGGUCGUGUUGCGCUUAAAAUAGUCCUCGAGAGAUGGAACGAGACACGAGAAAACUAUGUCUUGGAUUCAGUCUGUGAAAAACUUUCGACUAAAGAAGAUCAAGAUAUGCUCCUGGAGUGGCUGGAGAAAAACCCGAAAGAGAAGGAUGGAUCGCAUAAAUAUUUCAUAGAGCAGGCCCUUGAGGUGAUGCAAACCAAUAUAGAUUGGCUUCAGAAUGAUGGCAAGAAAGUCAUCGAUUGGCUAAAUGAAAUAUACGAAGACUAUAGGCAGGAGGGUAUUCAGGUGGCUUAUGCAAACAGUUAGGGGUCUUGGUCGUGUGACUUCAUUUGUAAAUAUAGUCCUGGUGAGAAUAUGGCCAGUUUGAUGUAAUAUAAGAUAGGAGAGACUUAAUCGAUAUACUAUAAGAGACUCUGACUGGGUUACUUGCUGCUGCCUACAUAGAAACCCUUUAUUACACUCUCGAGGCAGUAGACAUUAACCAAAACGCUAUUGAUAUUGAAACUGCUUGCAAUGUAUACUGAUAUAAUAAGCUAAGUUGGGAUGUUAUUUGGGGACUUAUGUCCGUUUGAAGGAAUGAUCAGAACAAAGAAAGUGUCGCAACCAACCAUAGAGUGGAUGCCGCAAGCCCGACCGCGAGCAGUUUUACGCAGUUACUGGUGUUCGACCUUUUAGACUUGCAUGGGCCUACUGCAAGAAGUAGGCCUAUGAAUGUUGUUUGGCUCCUUGUUCUUGAUGGUUAGACGUUUUGGCUCACAAUAAAUAGCGUACUCAAGCUCGUAUGACC